AUGCCGUCACGCCUAGAUGAUGAUCCUUAUACAGGCCUCGAUGAUGAUGCUUCUACAGGCGUAGAUGAUGGUGCUUAUCCAGAGCUAGAUGCUGUUGCUCAUACAGACCUAGAUGAUGAUGCUUAUACAGACCGAGAUGAUGAUGCUUAUACAGGCCUAGAUGAUGAUGCUCAUACAGGCCUAGAUGAUGAUGCUUAUACAGGCCUAGAUGAUGAUGCUCAUACAGAGCUAGAUAAUGAUGCUCAUACAGGCGUAGAUGAUGAUGCUCAUACAGACCUAGAUGAUGAUGCCCAUACAGACUUAGAUGAUGAUGCUCAUACAGACCUAGAUGACGGUGCUCAUACAGACCUAGAUGAUGGUGCUCAUACAGACCUAGAUAAUGAUGUUCAUACAGACCUAGAUGAUGGUGCUCAUACAGACCAAGAUGAUGAUGCUCCUAUAAGCCUAGAUGAUGUUGCUCGCACAGGCCUAGAUGCUGAUGCUCAUACAGACCUAGAUGAUGAUGCCCAUACAGAGCUAGAUGAUGGUGCUCAUACAGACGUAGAUGAUUGUGCUCAUACAGACCUAUAUGAUGGUGCUUAUACAGGCCUAGAUGAUGAUGAUGCUCAUACAGACCUAGAUGAUGGUGCUUAUACAGGCCUAGAUGAUGAUGCUCCUACAAGCCUAGAUGAUGAUGCUCGCACAGCCCUAGAUGAUGAUGCCCAUACAGGCCUAGAUGAUGAUGCUCCUAUAAGCCUAGAUGAUGUUGCUCGCACAGGCCUAGAUGGUGAUGCUCAUACAGAGCUAGAUGAUGGUGCUCAUACAGACCUAGAUGAUUGUGCUCAUACAGACCUAGAUGAUGGUGCUUAUACAGACCUAUAUGAUGACGCCUGUACAUGCCUAGAUGAUGAUAUUCAUACACACAUAGAAGCUGAUGUUCAUACAGACCUAGAUGAUGGUGUAUAUAGAUCUAGAUGGUGA